UUGCAGAUUGUUGUUGGUGAUAUCGUUAAAGUGGAAGAAGGUAAGUUCUUUCCUGCCGACCUGUUGUUACUCUCAUCCAGUGAACCAAGCGGAUUAUGUUAUAUUGAGACGUCAAACAUCGAUGGCGAAACUCAUUUAAAAUUUCGUCACGGUUUGAAGAAGACGUCUCAUGUUACAGAAGUCUCCGGACUCCAGUCAUUUUCUUGUGAGAUUCGGUGCGAACCACCAAAUAAAAAAAUAAAUCAGUUCCAUGGAUUACUGAUUGUUGGGAAGGAAGAAUACCCGUUAGGAAUAGAGCACACUCUCCUCCGUGGAGCCCGCUUGAAACAUACGAGAUGGAUUCAUGGUGUGGUUUUGUACGCAGGCCAUGAAACAAAAUUACUAAUAAAUUCGAAAGCUGUGCCGAUCAAACUGUAUGUAGAAAAAGGCUUAUGUAAAGUAAGUGGUGAACGUGGAAGAACUUUUAUAGAAUUUGAAAUCUGGUUUUUACAAAUCAAUUUCGCGACUAGUAAGCGUAUAUCUAUCUUAAAACUGACAUAUGCGCAAGCAUUCUGUGGAGCAAAAUUUAUUUUAAUGCAAACUUGGCUUCAUUCUCAUCGUACCGUUGUGUUAUCGAAUAGAAACGAAAAUUCAGUUUUUUACACUGUGAUAACAUUUUUCAUUCUCUACAACAAUUUAUUGCCGAUAUCGUUACUGGCCACUUUAGAAGUGAUUCGAUUUGUCCAAGCCUGGUACAUUAACAACGAUUUGGAAUUGUAUGAUCACUGUUCAGACACUCGUGCAGCUGCUCGGACAUCAAAUUUGAUGGAGGAGCUAGGA